UUCCCAACUUUCUUUCCUUAAAAAGAAAAUUUUAUUGUUCUCUCUUGCAGUUGUUAGAGAAACCUUUCUCAUUUUCAUUUUGUGGUUGCCCGAAGAUUGUGGAUUUAUUAAAAUGCUUUCUUGAAUUUUUUGAAACUUCGAAAUUUAUGAAAUGUUUGUUGGGAUUGGAAUUUAUCAGUAGAUGUUUGUUAUUAUUAUUAUUAUUUUAUCAUACCCUAGAGUGUGAAGGUAUAUUUCAAAAUUUGCGGUUUUACAAAUUGACAAUUUCGUUCUCACCCUCGAUGUAUUCUAGACCUAAAAUGACAAAAUAAUAAUAAUAAUAAUAAUAAUAAUAAUAAUAAUAAAAGUUUGAAUUCCAUAAAUUUCUCAAAUUGAGAGUUAACCACCAUAUAUAUAGGUCAUGACUUGUCAAAUUUGUGGCCUUGUGCCCAGUGGAUUGCGAACAAACAAGAGAACAAGUGGAUUCUUCACUGUGGUAUUAUGGACUUCUCUCUCCAAUAACAAGCAAGUCAAUGGCCGUAUAAACAUUGGUUAUCUUAGUGACUCACAUUAUGUGCUCGGAUGCAAAAUGGAAGACAUGUAGUGCAGAGGACACAUGCGGUUGGGAAUAUGCCAUAAAAAGGGCAAACCCAGUGCGUGAGGCUCCCGGUAUUGUGGGGUCUCGGGCAGGUCAAAUGUACGCAGCCUUACAUCCUUAUGCGGAGAGGCUAUUUCUUUGUUUUGGACCCGUGACUCCAGGUUACUAUGGAGCAACUUUACCGUUGCGCCAAGGUUUGCCCUCAAAUAUGUCACUCCAUAGGUUCUUUAUAAUUAGGAAAAUGAUGUUGUGUAACUAAUGAGGUCGGAAGAGUUAACAGAAGUGGAUGAGAGAGGAGGAGAUAAGAAGACAUGAUGUGUUGAAUGAGGUUCAUUCGGCUUGUGUAGUCAGUCUAUUUUUUUCUGCUUCUAUAUACCAAAAUCUCUAUAAUUAGUAUUGAUGGAUCAUAAUAUUGGUGGAAAUCUAGUGGAUCGAUAAACAACCAAGAGAACAUAAUGGUGUUAUUUGGAAGCAAAGGCAACAAAAUUUUGGUAUUCAAACGACACUUUUGGUAGUUGAAGCUCUAGCAAUCCAUGAAGUGCUGGAAUCAGCUCGCCUUAGAAGUUUCUAAGUGAUGAAUUGAAAUGGUGAAAGCUCCUGCAGAUUAGUUGAUGUCCCAGACCUCUUGGUAUUCUCUCCUCUCAAAGUAUGUGGGGGUGGAAGUCUGAUUUCUGCCUUAUUGUUUAAAUUUCACCUAGCAUAUCAGGUUCAAAUAUUUUGAAUCAGUUAAAUGUGUCUUAUAAUAACUUGUGAGAGAAAAUACAAUGGAGCAACUAGCUCUGUAUCUGUGAACAUUACUACAUUUAAAGAGUCAUGGAUCAUAAUGUUAGAAAAAAAUGGAAUGGUGGAAUAUGAGUACUUUUACAAUUUUUUUUUCCUUUUCUAAAACAAUAAUUCUAGAAGACGUGCUAGUUAAAUUGAUUAGGUUGAUACUAGUGAAAUUGAUUCUGGUGGGGUGCACUAAGGGUUCCAGGCGUUUCAAAACCUGUGUCACUUAUUGACAAAAUGCCAUUCAAAUGAGACUUUUUAACCUCAAUUAAACGUGUCUUAUAAUAACUUAUAAGAGAAAACUCAAUUGAGCAACUAGCUUUGUAUUUUUGAACAUGAUUACAUUUAAAAAAUUAUGGACCAUAAGGUUAGGAAAAAAUGGGAUGAUGGAUUAUGAGUACUUUUACAAUUUAUUUAUUUUCUAAAACGAUAAUUCUAGAAGAUUUGCUAGUUAAAUUGAUUAGAUUGAUACUAGUGAAAUUGAUUCUGGUGGGGUGCAUUAAGGGUUCCAGAUGUUUCAAAACCUGCGUCACUUGUUGAGAAAAUUCCAUUCAAAUGAGACUUUUAAACCACACGCUAACUCCCCAGGUAGAUUCCAAGUCAAGUCAGGAGUAUUUUUUAAUCUUGAAUGAAAGUCUGUUCCUCCACUACCAGACGGUUUCUUUGAAUAAAAUCUAUGAUAAAAUGUGAAAGAGAAUGAAUAUGAACAACCAACACUGAUAAUAAUUCACCUCUGUUGCGGUCUUCUCUUCCCCAGUCUAAAUGCCAUUCUGAACUUCUUCAGUUCUUCUCUUCAUUUUUGAUCACAUGAUCAUGAAUAACUUCAUUGCAAUUGCCGUGCUUCUCUUGCUUUGGUUUCUAUUAGCAGCCACUUCCAACUUGAGCUUAAGUGAUGGACAACUAGGUGUUAUUUGCAGUGAAAAUGAAAAAAGAGCCCUUCUAAGCUUCAAACAAGGUCUGACUGAUCCUGCAAACAGGCUAUCAUCAUGGUCUGUUCAUCAAGACUGUUGUCAAUGGACAGGAGUCCGCUGCGACAAUGUAACAGGCAGAGUCAUUGAGCUCCACCUCCGCAACCCAUAUGACACCAACAAUUAUGAAUCUUACAAGAUGUACAAGUUGGGUGGCAAGAUUACUUCCUCAUUGCUCGAAUUAGAAUUUCUAAGAUACUUGGACUUGAGCUGGAAUGAUUUUGAAGGCAUGAGUAUUCCAAGUUUCUUAGGUUCUAUGAGAAGUUUAAGAUCUCUGAACCUCUCAACAGCAUUAUUUGAGGGGUCAAUUCCUCAUCAGCUUGGAAAUCUCUCAAGCCUUCUCUAUCUUAAUCUUGGUGAAAAUAGACUUUAUGUUGAUAAUCUUGGUUGGAUUGCUCGUCUUUAUUCCUUGGAAUAUCUUGACAUGAGUAGCGUUGAUCUUCACAAGGCAACUGAUUGGCUUCAAGUGGUGAGCAUGCUUCCUUCCCUUUCAGAACUUCAUUUUGCCAAUUGCCGACUUGACAAAAUGAUUCCACCUCUUGGUUGUGUUAAUUUUACGUCUCUUGAAGUCCUUGAAUUUUCUGAGAACUUUUUCAGUUGCAAGAUACCAAAUUGGCUGUUUAAUCUCAGUAGUCUUCUUUCUCUUGAUCUGAGCUUCAAUUUUCUACACGGUCACAUACCAAGUAGUAUACGAAAUCUUCGCACAUUGAAAAAUCUAUAUUUGCAGGACAGUAAUAUCACUGGGCAAAUCCCAGAUGACAUUGGCCAGCUGAAACAUCUUGAAUAUCUUUUCCUUUAUAUGAACUCAUUGUCUGGUCCCAUUCCUGUAUCUAUUGGAAACUUAUCAUCCUUGAGGGUGAUGUAUCUUUCAAGAAAUCAACUGCAUGGCACUCUUCCAAAGAGUAUUGGGCUUCUUCCAAAUCUUGAGAUCCUAUUCAUUGGAUAUAAUACCUUAGGAGGCAUUGUUUCUGAAGUGAAUUUUGCUACACUCUCAAAACUGAAGGCUCUGGAAAUGUCUUCAAACUCUUUCAUCUUCAAUUUCAGCUCCAACUGGUUUCCUCCCUUUCGAAUUGAGUAUAUUGCAAUGAGUUCCUGCAAGAUGGGUCCAAAGUUCCCGGCAUGGCUACGAACACAAACUUCUCUUAAGCAGUUAGACAUUUCGCGUUCGGGAAUUUCUGAUGUAGCUCCAUACUGGUUUUGGAAUUUGGCUUCACAUAUGGAAUUGGUCAAUCUCUCUGAGAACAGGAUCAAUGGUGACAUAUCAACUGUGUUGCUAAAUUCUAGUGUCGUUGAAAUGAGUUCAAACUACUUCAAAGGUCAGUUGCCCCGUCUAUCUCCAAAUGUUCAAGUGUUGAAUAUGGCAAAUAACACUCUUUCCGGACCUAUUUCCUCUUUUCUGUGCCGGAGGGUGAAUAGAAACAAAAACUUGGAGGUUCUGGACAUGUCAAAUAACAAUCUAUCAGGUGAACUUUCUAACUGCUGGAUGUAUUGGCAAUCGUUGACCCAUUUAAACUUGGGGAGCAAUAAGCUGUCCGGUAAAAUUCCUACUUCAAUGGGUUAUCUAUCUAAACUCAAAUCAUUACACUUGCAUGACAAUAGCUUCUUUGGGGAGAUACCCUCAUCAUUGCAAAACUGCACAGUGUUGGGGCUCAUUGAUUUAGGUGAAAAUGAAUUUACAGGAGUCAUACCAAGUUGGAUGGGAAAAAGAACUACUCUAAUGGUUGUUCGCUUGAAAUCUAAUAAAAUAACUGGCAAUAUUCCUCCUCAAAUAUGUCAGCUUUCUUCUAUUAUAGUUCUGGACUUUGCCAACAAUAGCCUAUCAGGAACUCUUCCAAAAUGUUUGAGUAAUAUCAAUGCGAUGGCUGUAGCAGAUACUUCAGAUUCUGUUUAUUUUGAUGCUUUAGAGUAUACGUAUGACUAUGGUUCCUACAUCGAGACACUCUGGUUGGUCACAAAAGGGAGGGACUCAGAGUACAAAAGCAUUCUUAAACUUGUUAGGAGCAUAGACCUUUCAAGUAAUGGCCUGUCUGGACCAAUCCCUCCUGAGCUAUCACGUCUUCAUGCAUUACGUUUUUUGAACUUGUCCCAUAAUUACUUGAUGGGAAAAAUACCAGAUAAAAUUGGAGACAUGACAAUAUUGGAAUCCCUUGAUCUUUCGAAAAACUUUUUGUCAGGUGAAAUUCCUCAGAGCAUGUCUAAUUUGACAUUUCUUAAUUACUUGAAUUUGUCAUACAACAACUUGUCCGGAAUAAUCCCUUCAAGUACCCAGCUUCAGAGCUUUGGUGAAGCUAGUUUCAUAGGCAAUGCUGAACUUUGUGGGGCUCCACUCACAAAAAACUGCACAGAAGAGGAAGAAUCUCAAAGUGCAACUCAUGUUGGCCCAGACAAAGAAGAGUCUGAAAUGUUUUGGGUUUAUAUAGGGAUGGGACCUGGAUUUGCUGCUGGCUUUUGGGGAGUUUGUGGUGUUCUUUUCUUUAAGAGGACCUGGAGGCAUGCUUAUUUUCAGUUUCUUGAUGCCAUGAAAGACCGGAUCUACGUGUCCACGCUGCUACAAAUGAACUGGUUUUGCAAGAAGUUUAAGAGAUUGGGCUGAUGUCCAGUGAAAGGCAUCAAUUAAAAAUUUAAAGGUAAGCAUGCAUACUCAACUCUCCCUGUACCUCAGUAUUAUCCCAUUGUGGACUUCCAACAUCCCAAAUGCGAAGAUAAAGAGAAACUACUUAGCCUAAUGCCCUGGUGGCCUAUUAAUUCUCUAAUCGCCAUAUCAUUGGCUUUAAUCUAGUUAUUUCACAUAUACUAAUUAUGCCAUACCUAUAAAGGAAUUAUUAGGGUGCGCCAAUUAUGAGAUUUAUGACCUUGUUAGCUCUCACAAAUUUGUUUGUGUGUUCACAACAUGAUCAUGAUCGCAUGCGCAUCAAGGCAAUGCCUCGAAUGCUAUGUGCAUGCACCAGAAUACAAGCUUGAUGAAACUGAUUACAUGGUGAUGGUCCGGUCUUUCCCGUUAAGAAGUUCCUUCUAAGUUGUUAUAUGACGUGUAUCGUUAUGGUAGAUGUCAUCUGACAUGAGAGUUUCUUUUUUGUUGUAGCAGCUGCAGUUUGAGAGUUCUAGGAUAUUUUUUUUAGUUAGUAUUGAGAGUUCUAGGCUUUUGGAUAGAAGAAAUACCAUAAAUUUUUAGAUGGAUGCCAUAAGAAAAACUCCUUGGAGUCUAUGAAUCGAUUGUGGACAGCUUUCUUCAAUCAUUUUUGAUGCGUUGUUACAAGUAAUACCGACACAAGGGUAUUACAGACACUAGUCUGCCUUUGUCCAAGUGGUUUUGGGUCUUAACUCUUAAGCUCCAGAUCAAGUUUUCAAGACCGGUAGAGAGAAGAAAGGAAAAAAAAUAUCGACACAGGAGUGAAAGAGACCACCAAGAGUUGUAGCCUAGUCUCGCCUUCCAAAGUUGAAGGUCGAGGGUUCAAGUCUCCAUAGGAACAAAGUGGGUACGUGAGUUUCAAAACGGAAAAAAAGGAGUGUGAGGGUUUUACAAAUCUGGAGUGAUGAACUGAAGCACUUGCAAAUGACUUUUCUUGCACUAUA